CCCCACACUCGGUCCUGAUUUUUCAUACUUGCUAUCUUCAAAGCACUUCAUAAGCCUCACACCCGGACACAAAUGUGUCUCCCAUCCAGUGGCCAGAUCCCAGGUUUAGUGGGGGUGGAUGUAGUGUUCUGAAACCUAGAUUCCCACCUGGUUCUAAUUAAUCUGUGCCCUCCCAGCCUGUCUGCCCUGUGCUCAUCCUGCUCUCCCCACCUCCUCCUGGCCUGGCAUUCUGCCUCCUCCCGCAGCACCCUUCCUCUACUAUAAACACUGCACGGCUAGAACAGCGGGGCCCUUUCCAGGCCCAGCUAGCCACUCCCUUUUCAAGCACUACGGACCCUGGAUAUCCCAACUGUGCCCCCUAAUUCCCAGUGUGGCAUUGCACUAAGAAUCAGUAUGUGGGCAGCAAAUCAAGCCCAGAAUGUCCUGAACACUUCAAAUAUGGCACCUGGGCAAAGCUCAGUCAGGGGAGAAGUUAAGACAGGCACCUUCAGAAACCAUCCUCUCCCUCACUGAUAUGCAUUCCCAACCCCCGAACCCAAGCAAGACAUACAACCCUGGACCCAAACAGCCACACACUCCCUGUUCCCGCCUUCGAGAUAUACAUGCCCCCUGCCCAGCUAUCAAAAUCCACCCAGCUCCCUCCCUCCUCUUCUGGAGCCACCCAAAAUAGGUCCCAGAUUUGUUUCAUCACCAAAUACAUAGUCACACUAAUAUCCUCCCUGCUAGCUGGUCUCCAGUGCAGCCUGAACAGCUGGAAAUGCCGGUUACACUGCUCCGCAUGCCACACUGAACGGCGUAACACUGGGCUAGAGCAGCCAUCCAGUGAAAGAAGAAUCCGGUCCCUGGGACUCGCAGCUGCUUCUAGCAAUGCCUCAGAUCUCCUGGGAUCCUGUCUCUUUAAAAUUUCUCCAGUGCAGAGAAUGAUUGACACAGGAGUCGGCCAGCACUUCCUGGUCUGAUCACACACUAAGAAGUAACUGAGGGAGGAAGCAGCAGAGGAGAGGGAAAACAGUGGCUGAAGCCAGCCUGGGGGCCAGCGAAUCCUCAAGGAUCUGGGCACCAAGGCUCCCCACGCCCCACCUGCAGAAAGCUGAGUUUCGCCAAGGCAAAGAGCGUGCCAGAAGAGGAACCCCCGGCUCCACCUCCUCCUCCCCAAGCCUGCAGAGAGGGGUCUGUGCCUCCAUGGCUGUACAGCCUGCCUGGAGUUUGUAUCUCAGCUGAUGAGAAGCUGGAGCAGCGGGAAGGGAAGCAAAGCGGUCUGGCCCAGCCCGGGGUUGGUAGGGCAGAGAAAGGUGCCGUGGGAAAGAUAAUGGGAGAGACCCUCGGCUCGUACUGGCUACCAGGGAAAGGUACAGACUGACUCAGAACACCGGGUGCUGACUGAGAACUCCUGGGGCUCCGGAUUACAGCAACCCAAGGGACUAGGGAGGGGGCCCCCAGCUGGGCAGAGAGACACGCAGCCAUGGCUAUAUCAUGAACUGUUACAUGUGGGCUUUGGUUGCUUUUAUUAAAAGGAAAGAGGAAUCAUCCUGCCCACUUUGUGACUGUACCGCUGCAGACUGCACCGGGCCAGGAGCCAUCGCACAGAGAGCCUGGGUUCCAGAAUAAGAGACCUGUGUAAGAAACCAAAGUGCGGAGGAUUUUGCACACUGGUUUGGAAUAUGCUUUGCGGGAGUCGUGUGGCCUGGCAAGCAAAGGACUGGGAGCCAGCAAUUUCUAACCUGUAACCCCAGCUGUGUUACCAAAGCACUCAGAGGCCUUGCAAACUGGCUAAGUAUCGACACGUGACCUACCUCACUGGGGUGUCAUGAGGACUAGCUCACAUUUGUGAAGGGCGUGGAUGAAAAGCACUAGGUAAGUGCUGAGAAUUUCUUGAGGAGGAAAAAAAGCUUAAAAGACUCUGCCAUUCUAGCCCGCAGAGAUUUGGUUAUUGCAGCAACUUCAGUUCACACAGUUUUGGACCCUCCAAGCUUUAGUUUCAUUCAAAUCCAAAACUGGAGACACAUCUAAGUGACUUUUGCUCAGCUUUGCUGCAUCACCUAUGGGUGAGAGGGGUUUCAUCCAACAGGGGGAGAGGGGACAAGUGGGUGGCACUGAACAGGAACUCAGCUACUCAGGAGACAACGGUCACGUAAGAGAAAGACGGAAUCACUCCCUCUCUCUAUGGGAGGAAUAAGGAGAGGAGAGACGGUCCUGGAGUCAACUGGUCACAUUUGAUGCAUUUGUUUCUUUGAGGCAUUCUGAGGUUUAAGAGGUUUCACACUUGGGGUGCAGGGGUUUUAGCACAUUGGUCGCACUUUGGACUUCUUUGUGUACUGAACUUCUCGAGAGGGGAUGAAGCAGGAAGAGGAGGAGGUGGUUGUGAGGAUAGAGGAAGAGGUUGGUAACGCAGGAGGACGAAGAGGUGCAGUGCCCACCCACACACACCAUGGCAGAGGAGUGAGAUUUUCUGAGGUGUGGGAGUACUUCCACAUUGCCCCACCCCGGACUGGUCACCACCCCAGCCAAUAUGCUGCCUGCAGGCUGUGCGGCCGACAGGUCAGCCGUGGUCCAGGGCUCAACGUUGGGACCACCGCUCUGUGGAAACACCUGCGGAGCAUGCACAGAGAGGAGCUGGAGAAGAGUGGGCACAGGCAGGUGAACCAAUGCCCAGUGGCGCACUUGCCCGUGGUACAGCACCAGCCGGUUGCAGAGGGGGAAUGGGCUCAGCUCAUGGAGCAGAUGGGGGCGCUGGCUCUGCGUGCCAGCCAGCGGGAGAGGGAAGUGGAGAAGAGGGAGAAGGCUGUGGAACGCAGGGCAAGGGCCGUGGAGCGGCGCGAGAGGGCCGUGGAGCGGCGCGAGAGGGCCGUGGAAGAGGAGGAGAGGUCUCUGACAGAGAGGGUGCUGAAGAUGAAGGCUGAGGAGGUUCAGGUGCGGCUGAAAGGCACAUGCGAGAGGGAGAGCGCCCUGGCCUCAGCUGCUGAUCUCCCCAUGCAUUUUGUGUAGGAAUACUUGGGCUUUAGGCCCAUGUUGGGAGACUAAGAUCAACACCCAGGCAGGUGACUAAAGCAAUAUUUUAAGACCUGGUAUGAAUGGUCUGGACUGUGUUCCAGGCCUCUGACCUGCAAAACAGAACCACCAAUCUCCCUGAUUCCCUUCAGCCUCCGACAGCCUCCUUCCGAAACAAAAGGCAUGGCUCGUGUGUUCAAAGCUGGGUCCCAGUUUCUGACACUGGGGAACACAGAGCUCCACGAGGCACAAGCUGUCUCAACAAGGCCCCAACACAAGCAAUGCUGCAGGUAGACUCAGCCAGUCAUGGCCUGAGCAGGCCAACAAUGCGGUCAGUCAAACCUUUGGUUAUGAGACAAGUUUGAAACCAAACCGAAGUCUCAGAAGACAUCUGCCUAUGCAGAGAGGACACAGAGGAUCUGAUGACCCAGAAAAGAUUCCAGUGAAACUCCGUUAGUUUCCAUUACUAGGCUCAAAACUAACCUAGCCAAGUUUCGCACAAGUUUCAGGCUAUGCAAUAAAGUCCUCAUGCCACUUUUACUGAUAUUGACUUGGACCACAAAAAUAUUUCUUCAUCUUGUUUUCUUAGGCAUGCCUGUCAAAGAAUGUAAUUGUAACAGAGGUUAAGAGAAUCCCAUUGGAUGGAUUGCGCAAAUAAAGGGGACAGUAAGUACUGAAAAUAGGAGUUUGUGAAAAGACUCUCCAAACACAUGCAGGUACCAUUCAGAUGUACAUGCAAGACUGUUUGGCUAGUCUCAUACGGGAUUUCGGCUUUGUCUACAUGGGAAAGUUAUAUCCAUUCAGCUAAAUUGAUAUGGCAUCCUUAAACCAAAAUAAGCAUCUUCCCAACAGGGCUGCAGAUUUCACUACACCAGUACAAUUCUCGUGCAGACAAGGCUUUUGGCCCAGGGUAGUCAAUAGGUGGACCGUGGGCCAAAUCCCAUCCACCAGACGCUUUUCAGUGGACUGCGCAGGCUGAACCCGAGCCAACGCUGGAACCGCGUGGAGCCGUGUCCACUCCCCAGCGCAGGGUCCCCCAGCAGGGGGCUGGUGGCUGGCCUUGGCUGCGGGGCAGAGUGUUCCCCUGGGCGGUUGCUUGUGCAGCCUCAGCCCCACUGGCAGUGCAGGGAUGGAGCCUGGGGGAAGGUGUGGAGGGGUGGGGCUGAGUGGAGACAUUUAGGAAGGGAUGUCUGCACCCCCAUGGGCAGCCUAAUGUCUUUCCACUAUGCCCUGCCCCUCCAAUCAGGAAGCGAUGGAGUGCAACACGCUCAUUCUGCAGCCCAAGCAGAGGGCAGCACUGUCUGGGCCCCAAUUCAAAUCCUUCUCUGCUCUUCCUGGAGAUGGCGGGGUUGGCUGGGCCAUGGAGUUGCAACUUAUGGGCCUCGGGCCCUACCUGGCCACCCAGCUGAUAAGUGCCUGAAGGGAUCCUGCAGCAUCCGCUUGUGCCUGGGCACCAAGCGCAGCACACCCCCCCACACACACACCCGGGCACUCCCCGGAGCCCCCCACCCCAGCCUUAUCUCCUCCCCACCCCGUCCUUCAGGGCCAGUCCCCAGAGCCCUCUCCAGCCCCCCUCACCCCCCAACCAGCCUCUUUCCCUUCCCAGUCUGCCUCCAGUCACCCACUACGGCCACAUCCUGGCCUCCCGAUCCUCCCUGGGUCUGCUCUCUGGAGUUUCCUUGGUCCCUCCCACUUCCAGCCCCUCGGUUAUUCCAGCCUCCAAAGGGGCAUUUCACCGCUAGCUGGAUCGUAGUCUAAUAGCUUCACCUCCUGGCUUCGAGCUCAAAAUUCACACCUUGCUUUGCUGCCCAGAUCCCAGCCCAUACCCAUUCCCCUUCCACCUGCCCCCAUCUCUGCCACUUGGCUCAGCUGGGGACACGGAGGAACGUUGGGGGGAGGGGAGGAAGCGGCAACACCAGGUGGCUCAGGCCAGCCCCCUGUAUCCUGUUUUCAGUUUAGGGAAAUAAGGUCACUCUGCGCUCUGGGCAGCGAGCUGGUGGCAAUCAGGGGUGAAGGGAGGGGACCUGGGUAGGGGUCUGGACCUCGACUAUACCUUAAACAAGAAAUUUGGACCGUGACAAAAAAUAAUCGAUUACCCCACCCUAGGUGCUGUCCACAUGGGAACAAAACCACAGCAGCGACACAUCUGAAGCAGGGUCCUGCCAGAACCUUACAUGAUCUCACUGUAGCUAGCUACAGCUGAUUUUCAAUACUGUUCUCACCAGCAUGCAGAGGUACUUGCUUUCCUAGGUAUCCCUGCUAGCAGACACCCAAGUUGCAGAUCCAGUCCCCUACCAGGUUUCCAUCAUAGUUUAUUCACAUAUAGUUGUACAUUGCACUGAGUGUGAAAACAAACCACAUCAAGCCUAACAGUAUUUGAAAAUUGUUGCCAACACUGUUGCAAACUUCUGCUAAAGUGGACAGGGACAAAGAUGGAAGUGGACAGAUGGAGGAGGCCUGUAAUAUGUAGGUUAUAAUCUUUGACACCUUUGCUUUGAUACCCUGGAUUAUCAGUAAGAUAAGAUAACACCACCCCCAUUUGUUAUUUUCUGUUUGUAUAUGAGAAACUGACUUGGACAAGAGAAACGUUUACACUUUUGUUAAAAGCAAGUGUGUCUGUGUGUGGUUGGGGGGGAGGGCAGGGGUAGUGGGUGAAUUGUUUGAUAGCUGAACCUGAAAUGGUCAUUAUACUUGCUUAUCAAUAAAGUCUGGAAUGGUUUAAAUACAA